AUGUCUGUGCUAUCACCCGAUGUCCACGCAGAUCUUGCGAAUCUGCUCCAAGGCCUACAGUCCCCGGACAACGUGCAGCGAACGAACGCGGAGCAGCACUUGAACGAGCAAUGGGUCGCUACACGGCCUGAAGUGCUCCUCAUGGGGCUUUCGGAGCAGAUCGAGCUGGCAGAGUCGACUUCAACUCGGACAUUUGCUGCCGUCAUCUUCAGGCGCCAAUCCUCGAAACCGCGCAAGGCCGCUACAGGCCAGACCCAGGACCUCUUUCUCACCCUCGGAGAGGCCGAGCGAGAUGCUAUCCGCGCAAAGCUGCUUACAUGCCUUGCUAAGGAGACCGACAACUCGGUGCGCAGCAAGGUCGGAGAUGCCGUCGCCGAGUUGGCGCGGCAACACACAGACGAGAAUGUCGCAUGGCCAGAGCUGCUAGGCGCCCUCUUCCAAGCGAGUCAAUCGCAGGACCCAAACCAGCGCGAGAACGCCUUCAGGAUAUUCUCGACCACCCCGCAGAUCAUCGAAAAGCAGCACGAGGAUGUCGUGGUUACCGCCUUCAAGGGCGGCUUCGCGGACAGCGAGACAGCCGUACGAAUUGCUGCCGUAGAAGCAUUUGCGUCCUUCUUCCGCUCCAUCACCAAGAAGACGCAAUCCAACUACUACACACUGAUCCCAGAGAUUCUCAACAUCCUACCCCCGAUCAAGGACUCUGGCGAUGCCGAUCUGCUCACCAAGGCCCUCAUCUCGCUGAUCGACCUCGCCGAAGUUGCGCCCAAGAUGUUCAAGCCUCUGUUCAACAGCCUCGUGCAAUUCAGCAUUUCCGUGAUCCAGGACAAGGAACUUGGGGAGACCGCACGCCAGAACGCACUCGAGCUCAUGGCCACAUUCGCAGACAAUGCGCCUCAAAUGUGCAGGAAGGAUCCCAACUUCACCAACGACAUGGUUACCCAAUGUCUGUCGCUCAUGACCGACGUUGGAGCUGACGAUGACGACGCGGAAGAGUGGAAUAUCUCUGAGGACCUUGACGAGGAGAGCGAUUCGAACCAUGUAGCUGGAGAGCAGUGCAUGGAUCGCUUGGCCAACAAGCUGGGUGGACAAGCCAUUUUGCCGCCGACAUUCAACUGGUUGCCCCGCAUGAUGACCUCGUCAGCGUGGCGUGACAGGCACGCUGCACUCAUGGCGAUUUCAGCCAUCUCCGAGGGCUGUCGCGAACUCAUGGUGGGCGAGCUCGACAAGGUUUUGGAUCUUGUCCUUCCCGCUCUCCGAGACCCGCAUCCUCGUGUGCGGUGGGCUGGAUGCAAUGCUGUUGGCCAAAUGAGCACCGACUUUGCCGGAACUAUGCAAGAAAAGUACCACCAGGUCGUUUUGCCCAGCAUUAUUCCAGUCCUUGAGUCCGCGGAGCCUCGUGUUCAGGCACAUGCUGCCGCUGCCCUUGUCAACUUCUGCGAAGAGGCCGAGAAGAACAUCCUUGAGCCAUAUCUGGAUCAGCUCCUGAACCACUUGCUCAUGCUCCUGCAAAGUCCAAAGCGAUUUGUGCAAGAGCAGGCACUCUCCACCAUCGCCACAGUUGCUGACUCUGCAGAGGCAGCGUUCUCAAAGUACUACGACACCUUAAUGCCACUUCUGUUCAAUGUUCUGCAGGAAGAACAGUCCAAGGAAUACCGCCUGCUGCGAGCAAAGGCAAUGGAAUGUGCCACUCUCAUUGCUCUUGCAGUUGGAAAGGAACGCAUGGCCCAAGAUGCUCUCAACCUUGUCCAGCUACUCGGACGUAUUCAGAACAGUGUUUCAGAUUCAGAUGACCCACAGGCCUCUUACUUGCUGCACUGCUGGGGUCGAAUGUGCCGUGUCCUUGGUCGCGAGUUUGUACCUUUCCUUGCCGGUGUCAUUCCACCUUUGACCGAGCUUGCCGGAGCCAAGGCCGACAUUCAGCUUCUCGACGACGAGGAUCAGGUGGCACAGAUCCAGGACGAGGAGGGCUGGGAACUUGUUCCCUUGAAGGGCAAGGUUAUCGGUAUCAAGACGAGCAUUCUCGACGACAAGCACAUGGCUAUUGAGCUUAUCGUCAUCUACGCUCAGGUCCUAGAGGAUGCUUUUGAGCCAUACGUCAACGACAUUAUGGAGAAGAUCGCGCUCCCUGGUCUGGCUUUCUUCUUCCACGACCCCGUCCGUGUCGCAUCCGCAAAGUGCGUGCCUGCGCUGCUGAACUCAUACAAGAAGGCCCAUGGCCCAGAAUCACCACAACUUGGUCAAUUAUGGGGCCGAACCGUUGAGCGCGUGCUCGAGGUGCUCAGCACCGAACCGGCGAUCGAUACCCUUGCCGAGAUGUACCAGUGCUUCUACGAGUGCUUAGAGUGCAUUGGCCGGAACUGCCUCACACCUGAACACAUGGCUACUUUCAUCGAGUCUGCCAAGAGUGUUCUCCAGGAUUACCAGGAGCGCGUAAAGGAGCGCCUGGAAGAGCAGGCCGAGAACGAUGAUGGCGAAGAGGCCUCGGAAGAGAUGCUCUUCGCCAUUGAGGACGACCAGAACCUGCUCUCGGAUAUGAACAAGGCUUUCCACACCAUCUUCAAGAACAUGGGUAGUCCAUUCUUGCCCCACUGGGAGCAGAUCAUGGAGUCCUACACAAUGGUUGUCCUCAACAAGCACCCUACUCAGUGUCAAUGCGCCAUUUGCAUCUUUGUCGUCGUAAAGGACUUCAGCGGACCUGCGUUAUUGAAGUUCAAUGAGCGCAUCAUCCAGCCACUCAUCGACGGCAUGCAAGAUGAUGUCCCAGCCAACCGACAGGCAGCAGUCUACGGUGUAGGUGUAGCAGCACACAAGGGCGGCGAGGCAUGGUCAGAUUUCGCCGCCGCCUCAUUACCGAUGUUGUUCCAGGUCGUCCAACGACCAAACGCUCGUGCCGACGACGACGUCUUCGCAACGGAGAAUGCAUCAGCGGCGAUCGCCAAGAUCCUCCACCACAACGCCGCAAAGGUACAAAACUGGCAGGAAAUUGCCACCGCGUGGGUCGAUACCCUGCCCAUCACAAACGACGAAGAGGCUACGCCAUACGCAUAUGCUUUCCUCGCACAGCUCAUCGAGCAACAAAAUCCCGCCGUCUUCUCCCAGCCCGCUAAGGUCUUCACUUUCGUCGUCCAGGCUCUCGAGGCCGAGACCCUCCAAGGCCAAAACGCCACCCGCGUCGUUGCAUCUGUCAAGGCGCUCAUCCAAGCCACCGGCACCAACCUCGCACAGACGGCUGCGACACUGACGCCCGACCAGCAGCGCACCGCACAGGCGUAUUUCAGCUAGAAGCUGGGUGCGCGAGCGAGGAGAGACUCUUCUGCAUCGGGCGGCGUUUGCUUUUGGAAGGGAUAGGGCUAUGAAAGGAGGAACAUAUUUGGGAGGCGUGAAAAUGUAGGUAAGGGCGUGUGCGUGGCGAUGGAAUUUUUUUUUAGAGUAGUUAGUUACAUCACUGAUUCCCCCCCUGUUUUCCUGUUUCAUCCCUCCCCAUCGCAAGAAGGACUGGUUAGGCUCGCGUGGCUAGAUAGAAUUGCAUAUUUGCAUGGUU